AACCUUUUUGGGAAGUCAGUCCCCGGUGUGCGGGUACUCCCCGCUGGCCAAUCACAAUCCCUCAUGCUAACCAGAGGGACGCGGUGUCCAAUGAAUACCUCCAGAGCGGUUGCAAGCGGGUGACCACAGCCAUUGAUUUGGCUGCGGUCCUGCCGCCACUACCUCUGGUGAAGCCUCAGUACCAGCUGGGGUGAGCGGGAGUGCUGGCUUUACUGUUUUCAACAACACUUUUAUUAUAUUAUUAACCCAGGAGGGUUAAUAUCGCUAGAAAACCAAGUAGUGUGAAUGACUGUAGCUGGCGUCCGUAUGUCCUCUCUCCUAAGAUGCCUUCCUACUAACACCUAGCCAUCUAUUUUCACUGCUAGGUGAGCAGGUGUCAGCCUACUUGACCGGUCCACCCCGCCAGGGGACCAAACCCUGCUCCUUUCGGUUGUGAGUCGAACGCCCUACCACCGAGCUAGGGACGCUCGCCACAUUUACCAUGGAAACAGUACUACCCGUGCAGUACAAUGGUAACAAUAGUGUUAGUGAGAAGUUGUCACCAGCCACAAUCCUCGACACCAAAUUGGAAAGCAAUCUUACAGAAUUGCGGAGGUAUGUGCGGGAGAAGCUACGUAGCGGAGUGUACAGGCUGACUACAGACAGACGUGGAAGAUCCAAGGUGUGGGAGCACUUCAGGAUGGUCCUAGAUGAGCAGGGUAACCUGGUAGGUUACGCUGGUUGUAUGUACUGUAUGGAUGUACUCAGACAUGACCCACACAUCUCUGGUACCUCGUCACUCAUCAGUCACCUAAGAACUUGUUCAGCUGCUGGUGUGCUCCCAGCUCACGCUAUGAUGAUCCCUGAAGUGCACGUUAAGGAAGAAGUACUGGAAGAGUCGCGUAAUAAUGAGGAAUGGGAUAUAUUCACACGUACUACUGAUAUAUGUGCCGAGUAUGUCGCCAAUGAUAUGUUAUCAUACCAGUGUCUCACUGGUAAUGGUUUCAGAAAGCUAGCACAGUUCAUGGUGGAUUGUGGAGCUAUGCAUGGUAAAUUUGAAGUAGACUCAGUGCUGCCUUCAACAGCAACCGUAGCCAAGCGGGUUUGUGCUCGGGCAGGAGAGGAGAGGCUCAAGCUAAGGGCAGCUUUGUGCCCACGUCUCCUCCACGGCUCAGCCGUCACCCUGCACACACUUACUGCUGACAGGCACUCGCACCUCAUCGCACUCACAGUGCACUAUGUUAAAGACUGUAGUGUGGGAACAGACUUUCUCGGAGUGUGUGAUUUCAGUGGUGAUGCCCCGACGAAAAUGAAAGACGAGGUGUUACGUUUCCUAGGAAAAUUUGGUUUUGAAACAACGCCAGAGAGAAUGACGCUCAUAACAAGUGGUGAGAGUCCAUUAAAUGCUAAGUGGAAAGAGGCGACUAUGAUCAAGAGUUUUUCAUAUAUGAUAAACCAAUCAGUCAACCAGUUACUUAAACAAGAUAAUCAAACCGCAAAAGAAAUUUCAAUAAAUUUAGAAAAAUUCAGAGAAAUUAUCCGGCUUAUUAACAGAGAAAAUAUGAAGGUGUCAAAACUGUUGGAAAUGGAUCUCGUCAACAGUGAGACUGAUUGGAGAGAUACUUUGAAGAUGGUAGAGAGGGUAUGUAGAGCACGCAGCGAGUUGUUGACUGUGAUACAAGAGCAGAGACUGAGAGAGUCUCUCAGCACGGAGAGUGAGGGACAAAUGCGCCAUCUUAUUACUCUAUUGAGCCCAUUCAAGACUGCUGUUGAAGACAUGGAAUGUUGUGAGGUGGCUACACUGCACAAGGUGGUGCCUUGGUUGGUUCAUCUCCGUGAUACUUGUGCCUGCAGUGAUGGUGAUACUGGUGCCUUGGUCAUACUGAAAGAGGCAAUGAUGCGAACCCUUGACCAGAAUGAAGAUCUUCACCUACUUCACAAAGUUGCCGUAUUUUUUAACCCGCGUAUGAACAGCCUACGAACAAUAUCCCAAGAAGACAGAGAGUUAGUGCGUAAGGAAGUUAAACGUUUAGCUCAGGCUUAUAUUGAGAUCAGUGAACCACGUAGGAAGAAAGCUAAACAGGAGAGCAGUCCCCUGUCAUACCUGGAGGACGAGGAGCAACACCAAGACGAGGAGAGUGUUGCAGAGCGAGAGAUCCUGCUCUACACUAUUAUGAAGGACUAUACUGACUCUGACAACUUGUUACUGUGGUGGCAGCAUAACUCUACAAUGCUGCCUCUCCUAGCAGCGGUGGCCAGGAAGGUUCUGGCCAUACCCGCUUCCACUACACCCACUGCCCACUUCAGCAAGAUUGUGAGAAAAAUUAAAGACCUGGGGUCAUCCUGGGGCAAUGAGCACAGUAUUGAUGACCUAGUGUUCUUACAUUCAAGACUUUCUCGCUUGUCAGCAAACAUUGAAGUCAACAACAAAAGUAGUUCCGAUGGGUGAUGGAUGGCGUGGAAGGCAGCAGAGGUAAGAGCAGGAACAGCAGAAACAGAGGCAGCAGGAGCAGCAGAGAGUACAUCAGAAGUGGUAGCAGAGCAAGAAACAACAGCACCAGCAAAGGCAGUACCAGUACCGGUAGCAGAAUCAGUAUUGGCAGCAGUACCAGCAGAG